AUGGCUCCCAAGGGCUGCGUGGGGCUGCGGUCUCCGCUGGCCUGGGCCUGGCCGGGAAAGAUGCUAGCCAUGGGAGCGCUGGCAGGCUUCUGGGUCCUCAGCCUGCUCACCUAUGGUUACCUGUCCUGGGGCCAAGGCCUGGAAGAGGAGGAGGAUGGAGCUGUGCGAGCCCAAGCUGGAGAAAGACUGGAACCCAGCACAAUGGCCACCACCCAGCCCCAUCUCAUUUUCAUCCUAGCGGAUGAUCAGGGAUUUAGAGAUGUAGGUUACCACGGAUCUGAGAUAAAGACACCCACUCUGGACAAGCUCGCUGCAGAAGGCGUCAAACUGGAGAACUACUAUGUCCAGCCUAUUUGCACACCGUCCCGGAGCCAGUUUAUUACUGGAAAGUAUCAGAUACACACCGGGCUUCAGCAUUCGAUCAUAAGGCCUACCCAACCCAACUGCUUACCUCUGGACAAUGCAAGCCUACCUCAGAAGCUGAAGGAGGUUGGCUAUUCAACACAUAUGGUUGGAAAAUGGCACUUGGGUUUCUACAGAAAAGAAUGCAUGCCCACCAAGAGAGGAUUUGACACCUUUUUCGGUUCCCUCUUGGGGAGUGGUGAUUACUACACACACUACAAGUGUGACAGCCCUGGAAUGUGUGGCUAUGAUUUGUAUGAAAAUGACAAUGCUGCCUGGGACUAUGAUCAUGGCAUCUACUCCACACAGAUGUACACUCAGAGAGUUCAGCAAAUCUUAGCAUCCCAUAACCCCAGGAAGCCUUUGUUCUUAUAUAUUGCCUAUCAAGCUGUGCACUCCCCCCUGCAAGCCCCUGGCAGGUAUUUCAAGCACUACCGCUCCAUUAUCAACAUAAACAGGCGGAGGUAUGCUGCCAUGCUCGCCUGCCUAGAUGAAGCUAUCAAUAACGUGACCCUCGCUCUGAAGACGUACGGUUUUUAUAACAACAGCAUUAUGAUUUACUCCUCGGACAAUGGCGGCCAGCCUACAGCAGGGGGGAGUAACUGGCCUCUGCGAGGCAGCAAAGGCACAUACUGGGAAGGUGGAAUCCGGGCUGUUGGCUUUGUGCACAGCCCACUUCUGAAAAACAAGGGCACCGUGUGUAGGGAGCUGGUGCACAUUACUGACUGGUAUCCCACUCUGAUUACACUUGCUGAAGGGCAGAUCGAAGAGGACGUGCAGCUGGAUGGUUACGACAUUUGGGAGACCAUCAGCGAAGGCCUCCGUUCACCCCGAGUGGACAUUCUACACAACAUUGACCCGAUCUACACCAGGGCGAAAAACGGCUCGUGGGCAGCUGGCUUUGGGAUCUGGAACACUGCCAUCCAGUCGGCCAUCCGAGUGCAGCACUGGAAACUGCUCACGGGGAACCCCGGCUACAGCGACUGGGUGCCCCCUCAGGCUUUCAGCAACCUGGGUCCCAACCGGUGGCACAAUGAGCGGAUUACUUUGUCAACUGGCAAAAGUGUUUGGCUUUUCAACAUCACAGCUGACCCGUAUGAAAGAGUGGACCUUUCCCAUCGGUACCCUGGGAUCGUGAAGCAGCUGCUGCGCAGGCUCUCAAAGUUCAACAAAACCGCAGUGCCGGUCAGGUACCCCCCCAGGGACCCCAGGAGUAACCCUCGGCUGAAUGGAGGCGUGUGGGGACCCUGGUAUAAAGAAGAGAAGAACAAGAAGCCAAGAAAGAGCAAGGCUGAGAAAAAGCUGAAGAAAAGUAAGAUAAAGAAGAAGAAACAGCAGAAAAUGGACUCAUUUCCAAGUUGCCAUUCUGGUACUCCUCACGGAUAAUGACAAGUAUUAUUUUUUUCCUGCCUGGGUAAAAUGAAUUCUUAACCUUGAGGCUGUUUGGUAAGCUCAGUGACAUCACGGUGAUCUCGUCCAUUGCAUGUCGUUCGGCUCCACAAAGACUUGAGCACCCUGCCCGCCCACGUGGAGCACCGGUGCCCAUGGCGCUACUCCUGGGAGCCCCACUGAUUUCUCCGACUCCUUUGUGAAACGCGUCAACUGACAGAGCGCAGUGCUUUCAAUUAUGAGAGGACCGAAUGGACGAUGAAUGAAUGUGCUGGUGUG